AUGAUACCCAAAACGACGGUGCAAGACCUCUCUAACGGAUCAGAACGAACAGGCGGUGCAACACCGACAAGAUCCGAAGACCUCAAAAGCGCUGUCCUACCCGGCCGCCCAGUCACCGCUGACUCGCAUCAACUGAAAGUUAUCGAGGGAUCUCUAGAGGCCUCAUCAAGGAACCCGAAGGGUCCAAUCAGAAGACCUCACGCUACUCCAGUAGAGAAACCCGCGGAGAAGUCCGGUGAACCACCCGAGGGCAGCUCGUUAGACGACUCGUUGGACUCUCAUCCCAGCCCAGAGAAAAUCUCAUCAGGGAACCCGAAGGAACCCGUCAGAGAUCUCUACCGCCCCAGUCGAGAUCUCGUUGAGAAGUCCGAACUCGCGGAGCCGUCCUAUGGGUCACCCGAAGGUGACCCGGCGAACAACUCGUUGAGCCCACAGGAAACCUCAUCUGAGCUUUCGACGAUCAGAAGACCGAGCAACAGGAUCUCUCCCAAGCCUAGGACCAGCGUCUCCUCCCGUCAGCCAACAACCUCAAGAGGAACCUAUCAGAGUCCCCCGAAGGAGUCUCAACAAGGUCCUCAAAUGAGAUCGCCGACUUCUGGAAUUCGAGACCAAUCUUCGGACAUGGAAGUUACCCGCAAGAAUCUUCCACCAAACAUUACCUCCCCACAAGCAGUCCCCUCCUUGGGCAUCGCUGCCGCAGUUCAGCGCCGAAUGGCAGGUCGGAACGAAACAAGACGAAGAGACGGCUACUCCGGUAUGACACAGGUCAUUCACCAUCAAUGCAGUAACAAAUCCCGCGUCGGAAAAACUUAUGAAUUGAAACUUAACCUCUAG